CAUUGGUGUUGCUCAGAUUGUUUAAUGUGAAGAGAGAAUCUGACUUGUUGUGACCGAGUGUUUAAUGUGACUUGCUCUGAAGGAGAGAUGGAGGGAUGGGAGGAGCUACACACAGCAGCAGCAGUGCUCACAGACAAUCAGAGCCGCCAUACAGCUCUUCCCAUGGCAGUCCAACCCUGUGAGGAUCUGAAUCACUACAUGGUUCUGAAGCAUUCGGAGCAGGUAGCCAUCGGCUCUAUCUGCUUCCUGGCCGGGCCCAUCACCCUCCUGGAGAACCUGCUGGUUCUGGGCGUGAUUGCGGCCAGCGCCCCCCUGCGGAGACGCCCCUCCUACCUGUUCAUCGCCAGCCUCGCCCUGGCGGACAUCUUUGCCAGCUGUUUCUUCACCAUCAACUUCCUGGACUUCCACCUGUUCAAGCGCUGCGACAGCCCGGCCGCGUACCUGUUCAAGCUGGGCGGCGUCACGCUGGCCUUUUCCGGCUCUGUGGGCAGCCUGUUGCUGACGGCGUUGGACCGCUAUGUGUGCAUCCACCACGCGGCCCGCUACCACACGCUGCUCACCUGCCGCCGCGCCCUGCUCGCCCUGCUGGGCCUGUGGAGCCUGGUGCUCCUCAUCUCCUUCCUGCCUCUGAUGGGCUGGCGCUGCCCCAGCGACCUCCGCCCGCGCUGCUCCGGCCUGUUCCCCUACAUCCACCCCCGCUACGUGCUGUGCUGGGCCAGCUUCAUCCUGGCGUUGCUGGUGCUCAUCCUGGGGGCGUACGGCCUGGUGCUGUGGAGGGCGCACCAGCACGAGGCCUCCAUGAGCGGCCUGCAGGGGGCGCCGGCGGGGCAGUCCCGCAUGAGGAUGGACAUCCGCCUGGCGCGCACGCUGGGGCUCAUCCUGCUCAUCAUGGUGGGCUGCUGGCUGCCUGUGCUGGCCUUCAUGCUGGCGGACGUGAGGAGCCCCUUAAUCCGCCCCCAGCAGAGGGCCUUUGCCUUCUGCAGCACGCUGUGUCUCGUCAACUCUGCCGUGAACCCUCUGCUCUACGCGCUGCGCUGCAGGGAGCUGAGGGGGGCGCUGCUGCGGCUGGCGGGGAGGCUGUGGGGGCCGGGGGGGCCGGGGGGCUGCCAGAGGCCCAUGGGGUCGGGGGACUCGGCCCCUGCCCUACCCACAGCAGAGAGUAACUGCUGCAGCAUGGCCCUGGAGGAGGACGGGGCAGAGGGGAACACCUGCAGGGUGGACUCUGUCUCGGGCAGAGUGAACAAGCAGCUGCACACCAGUGGGUAG